CAUGAAAAACAAUGAGGGGAGACACAAAAGGUGGAACACAGUAUUCUAUUAUUUGUCCGACACUAUAAUUCAUCUAGAUCAAAUCACUAUAGUUCUGACAGAUCUAUUCCCCCAGAAGUUUUCAUAAAUUCAUAAAAUGAUCGAGAAUAAUAUGGACAGACCCUCGAAACACCAGAAACAAGUCAUACAAGCCUCUUCUGGAACUGUACUUGAGACUGUAUGGGAGUGGAACCGUUUGAAACGAGAGAACGCGGCACUCCGCACCAAAUUGGCUGAAACUGAAGCAGCUGGACAGCUUUUCAAGGAAACGAAGUUGUCGCUGCAGAAGCAGAUGCGGGUGGACAAGCAAAUGAUUAAGCAAUUAGAAGAGGAGCGGGAAAUAAUCAUUGGCAAUGCUCGUGCAGCACGUGAUUCUCAAUUGGCUGCAGAAGCAAAGUCUUCCAAACUGGAGCAAGUAAUCAGUGCCAUCAGAGGAUUAGUUAACAUCGAUUCAGCCCCUGAGGUAGUUUUAACUGCAUCAAUUACCGAAGAGGAUGUCACGGAGACUCAGAAGGAGUUGAUAAUUGCGAAGGAAAAAAUUAUCGAGUUGGAGGAAAAGUUGUCGAAAUGUCAGAGACAAUUUGAGAUUCAGAAUGCAAAGCUCAAAGAGGCAAAACAACUGCAGGAGUGGUCCAACUUUGCAGAGACAAAGGGACUGGAGCGUGUGAAAAAACUUGAAGAGCAACUUCACGAUACUGAAAAGGGAGAACGACUGCUUGCAGAUAGAAUAGCUGAUAUGCGGAAGGAAUUGCUCGAGUGGCAGAAAUAUGAGGAACAGAUGAAGAUGACCCAAGAGACGACAAUAGGGUCACUAAAAGAACAAAAUCUGACGACCGAAGAGUCUCAUCCCCCAUCUGAUAAAGAUUAUGCUCCACCAAAAGUUAAUCAAUGUGACAUUGACAAUUCUCAAUCGGAAAAAAGUGAAGAAACGCUGUCUCCUUCAGAUAAUGAAUCUGACAAUGAGGAGCCACCAUUCUCCAGGUACACAGAGCAACCACAACCGCAUUUCAAAAUCAGGGGAGGAAACGGAACAUACUUUCCCUUGGCGUCAAGCUCAACUUUUCAUGAACCUGCGUGGAGGGGGGAUUACACUUGUGAAGAAGACGACAGCUGGCUCUGUAAUAGGUGUUCCUAUGUUGGUGCGACUCAAUCGCGAGUUGAAGAUCAUGUAUUUGUCGAACAUUACGAGGGCGUGUUUGUGUGUCUCCAUUGCCCAAGAAUUUUCAACUGGAGACACAAUUUUUUUCAUCAUAUAAGUAGGCAACAUCCCUCUACGUCAUCGAUUACAAGAGUGAAGGGAUGAAACGAUUUAGCUUUUUGUCGAGUUUUUGAAGAAUGGGAAGGAAUGGAUCGCAAUUUAGGAGGUGAUAUUCGUGCCAUGUUUUGCAGGAAAACCCCUUGCGUUCGAAAUUUAUUAGCCUGUAAAACUUGACACUCUAGUUAGUUUGCAACGAAGCUAUCUGAAAGUCCCCGAGAAUUUUGAAACUCUUGGGUUUUUCCUCAAAUUUUUCCUGCAUUUUGUUUUAUUCUUCAUUACGAAAUCCAAGAAACAAAGAAAAAAUUCACCGCAGAGUUACGUAAUUUCCAAGAAAACUGGACAAAAAGCAAAUCAAAUUUCUAGUAGAAUUAGGGUGAACAGGCCAAUUGCUGGACGGUUAAGGGAAAUUCAAGUUUCGUGGCA